AUAAAUAAAACGAGAAAUGAGAAAGUGCUGUGGAUUAGGAGUGGGGGUAUAGCAGUUAAACACCAUGUGUCAGCUGCUUUCCCUCUCUGAGCCUGGACUGGAGAGGGAGGCAGCUACUCCAGCCAAACACUCACAUGCCCUCCAGACCUUAGCACCUAGUAAGUUCCAGUAGAGAAUGAAGCUCACCUGACACCCAUGUAUCAGAGAUGGGAACCCAGCACCCAGGCCUUGUAAACCCAUCCCCUGUUUACAAGGGGUCCUUCCGUCCAGGUAACCCCUCUAGGUCCACCCCCAGGAGCAGGCUGCGUCCUGCCAUCCCCAUGGCAAGCUCUCCCAUCCCUCCGCAGCCCUCUUGCUCAUCGUUUCCUCUUCCACUAGUGACAGAGGGUGCCAGCCUUUCGGCACCAGCCUCAGUCCCACCCAAAGGCUUUGGGACUUAGACAUUUUCUCUCCUCCCUUCGCCUGCAUCACACUGGGGCUCAUUCAACCAUCUUCUCCCCAUCUGACUGCCACCCACCCACCAUGCCGAAUUGGGAAUCAACGAAUUCCCUUCUUCCUUGCUCAUGUUCAUUAAUCCAACAAAUAUUUACGGAGCACCUGGGAGUGCAAGGCCCUGGGCUAGGAUGGGCUCUAGGGAACCGGCAGGGAACAAGACAGCUGGGGUUCCAGACCUCAUGGAGCUAACACACUGAGGGAGAAGGCAGGUGUUAAUCACAUGGAGGCACCAUUGAUCAAUUCAGUACCAUUCAUUGAUGGUAUCAACAAUCAUUUCUUGAACACCUAUGAUGUGCCAGAUACUUUCUUAGGCACUUGAGACUCAUCAGUGAAAAAAAACACACACAAAAAUUCUGCUCUUCUCAAAUGUAAAAUUAGUCUAAGUACAAUGAUGGCAGGGGUUCUCUGUGUCUGCCAUCUCCUCCCAUUCAAGAUUUAGAAAGAGCCAAUAAUUAAUUAAUUACAUUUGGUCUUAUCUUGGGAAAAACUCCAAUCCUAUUAAGCCCUGCAAAGAGAUCUCCUCUGUCUAAAUCCUCCCGUGGGGGCAGGAUAUAGGACCCUUUGCCUUCCUUUCCAUCUAUAUAAGUGACUCAGCAUCUUGGGGUCAGCUCCUGGCCAGUGAGGAGGUUGCCAGAGGAGGGGGGCGUGGGGGAGCUUCCUGCCCCAGACCCUGCUCCCCUGCCUCAGUCUCCCUUUUCUCCCCUCAUCUCUUCCCUCUUAUCUCCUUCCUUCUCUUCCUCCCUCCUCCCGCCCUCUUCCACCUCCCUCUCCCUUGCCUUCUCCUUUGCCUUCUUCUUCCCCCCAAAGCCCAGACACAGUUCCAGACUGGAACAUGUACCGCAGCUGCUUGGCAGAGGGCGUCCCCACCGUUGCGGGCAACUCCUGGAUCUCAGGUGAGCCUCUGCCAGGUCUCCCACCCAUGGUCCACCAGGGCGCUGGAGGCAUUCACACUGCCCUCUCUGCCCCAGGCUUGGCCUUCCCUGACUGGGCCUACAAAGCCGAGUCGUCCCCAGGCUCCCGGCAGAUCCAGCUGUGGCACUUCAUCCUGGAGUUGCUGCAGAAGGAAGAGUUCCGCCAUGUCAUCGCCUGGCAGCAGGGAGAGUACGGGGAGUUUGUCAUCAAGGAUCCAGACGAGGUGGCCCGCCUCUGGGGCCGCAGGAAGUGCAAACCACAGAUGAAUUAUGACAAGCUGAGCCGGGCCCUCAGAUAUUACUACAAUAAGAAGAUCCUGCACAAGACCAAAGGCAAAAGGUUCACUUACAAGUUCAACUUAAGCAAGCUCAUUGUAGUCAACUGUCCUCUAUGGGAGGUACGGGCAAUGCCGGCCCCCAACUUGUUUCGGCCAACCCUGGUGCCCAUGGGCAUGCAGAGUAAGCUCCUACACAGCAUGCUGUUCACCCGCUGGGCCAUGGUGGAGCAGCUGGCUGGACAGUGGGCCCUCCGAGGGCCACCAAAGGCCUCUGAGGAUAAGAAGGGGAGCAGCAGCCGUAUCUACCGACUUGGCUCUGCCUCCACCCACUGCCUGCUCAGCCCUUGCUGCCAUUUGGGGGGCCUCCCAGAAGAGCAGCCCCGUUUUGCCUCCUUCACGCCUCCCCUCCCACCCUCUCUCUCCUCAGGGACCCUCUUGGCCCCACUUCUCCCAGAGCAGCAGUUUCCAGGGUCCCCCACGACAGACACCCUGCUCCCAGGGCCCACCUGCCCCCCAGCGACCUGGCAUUUCCCGGGACUUCCCCUGCUGGCUAGGCUGGGCCAGGGGGGCGGUGAGAGGCUCAGGCUCUUGUUCCUUAGGCCAGAGGGGCUGGAGGUAAAGGCCCAUCCCCUGAUGGGGGAAAAGGGGUACCUGGAUCCCUGGGAGGGCUUCUUCGCAGAGAUGCAAAGACCCAAACCUGGGGAGGAAAGUCUUAGGUCCCCUAAUUUGGAGAAUUUUGAAGCAGAGUGGCCCUUGGAUCCUCCUUAACUGAGGAGGAAGAUGUGACGUGGGCCCCCAAGCUCCACCUCUUCCUCUGGCCCACCUCCCUGCCUGCUUUGCACCUCCCUGGGUGGAAAUAAGUCUAAAUUGUGGGAGGAUUUGAAUGGAUGGAGUUGGAUCCGAGGAGGUGGGGGGCAUUGCCGAGAAGGAGCAUAUGUGGAGACGGGACAAACUGAGGCAGGGUGCCCCCUCCAUCCCACUACAUUGCUAAUCAGAUUAA